AUGGCUGGAACGAGGUUAUUCGUUUGCAAUAUUAUUGUCUGGCUGGCAACGUCGUCGAAAUUGUUGGCUCGAGCCGAGGAGAGGCAGAACAGUUCACUGAUUCCCCAGGACGAGACUCAGGGCUUAAAUGUGUUCCCGGGGAUCAAGUUCUUCGCGGUGAACGGUAAAGUCGUCAUUCGCGUGAAAAUGCGCGACCUACUGCAAGAAACGGAAGUGCAGGGCCGCAGGAAAGAGGAGAGGAAGAGCAUUCUGCAAAGACUCGGAUACAUGAUGAUGAUGAUGCCGUUCGUCAUGCAGGUACUCUCUCUACCGGGCGCCAUAGCGUCCAUCAAGACGUCACUCCUGAAGAGCAUCAUGGUCGCGCAAUUAGCAAUCGCUAUAAUGAUCUACAAUUUGAUCAAGAGCACAGAGAACACGGACGUGGUGGUGGUCCAUCAGCCGCAUCACGCACAUUAUCAUCACAAUUAUCAUCCCGACGACGAGGACGAGUGGUUCGGUAGAUGA